AAUGCGAGAGGACAUAUUGUCCUUACUAUAAAAUCCAUCUCGACCUCGGUCCAUCUAUAUCCUCUCAUCCUUAUCCAAAUCCCUAGACUUUCAAGAUUAUUAUUAUGGCGACCUCACGACUGGCGAGAUUCAUAACCGAGGUUGCGCCACCGCAAGUUGUCACGGUGAUGCGGCGAAGAACGGCGAAAGUACUCGACACGAUCAAGGAGGAAGAAAGAGAAGUUGGGACUGAUCAUUCCAUGUUUUCCUCUUCUCUGACUUCCAAAGUCUCACCCUUUACUUCUCCUUGUUCUGCUUCUUCCUCCUCUGCUUCAUUCAGUUCCGGUCGGACGUAUUUCCCGGUUACAGAUAACCGGGGCUCGUUCCCGGUAUUCAAGAACUGACACCAAUUCCAUCGUCUUCUGCUGAAAUAAUGGUUUUUCAGAUGUAAUUAUGUCCAUGGUUGCGUUGUUUUCGGUAGUUUGUGUAUGUAAAUCUUGAUUUCCCGGUGAGCUCCGGUGAUUCGGUUGAUCAAAACCGGAUUAGCAUCGUGAGGCCUAAACCGGGUGGACUCUAAUGUAUGUGGAAGGGACUUUGUUCGUCUUCCAUGUAUUGUUUAAUGAAAUGAGCCCAAAGUCUAUAAUUCUAGUAUAUUUUCA